GCACGCUAGAAGAUCGAGCUCACAGCUGCCGCCGAAUUUAAAGAGACAUGCACCACUUAUUUAAAUAAAACGACCACUGAAAAAAAUCGAUAGAUUGUUUCCCGUUCUCUACGUUCAUAUCGUUCGGGAUUCGUUACUGACCCACGUACUCGAUGCUGUAAUCUCUGAAGUGAGUCAGAGGUCCGAACAUACUUGCCAGGAUCUCUUUCCCUUUUUGCGGGCUUGAGCUGGAAGUGUAUACUGGAGUGUAACUGGGUGGCAGUAAAGUAGACUGGACUUGUGGGGAGAGAGCUGGGUGGCCCCCUAAACGAAGUGAUUUUAGCUCGCCGGAACAAUCUGCAAAUACGGAGGAACGGUAAACCAUCGCGGCUCGGGGUGGCUGUUGGUGUGUUGGGGAAGGAAACACACCAUGGCGAAAAUUCAGGCACACAGCAGCACUACGAAGCAAAUCAACCAGAUCCAAGACAUGGCCUAUGUGGUUCAGAAGCAAGUCCAACAGCAGCACUUUCAGAAACUAAAGGUGGAAGAUGCCUUAUCGUACCUGGAUCAAGUCAAAAUCCGCUUCGGAAAUGAUCCAGGAAUAUAUAACAAGUUUCUGGAUAUCAUGAAAGAAUUUAAAUCUCAAAGUAUUGACACGCCAGGCGUUAUCAACAGAGUUUCUCAGCUCUUCCAUGGACAUCCUGACCUGGUGCUGGGUUUUAACGCCUUCCUGCCUCCUGGGUACCGGAUCGAAAUUCCCAAGAAUGGAAUGGCAUUUCUCCAGUCACCAUUUUCCUCACAGGUGUCUCCUGGUCUUGGAAGGAGCACCGGCAGUUCUGUGGUCAGUGCUGCUUCGUCAUCAUUGGCUGAAGCCGGGUCAUCUCAGAACGAAGCGGUUACAUCUCCAGAGAGCAUUGCUUCAUCUUCUGGACCUCCUGAAAAUUCGUCCAGGUUGUCGCUUCCUCUUCCCAGCCGAGAGAGCCAAUCACAGCCGGCCACCACAUCAGUGUCACCUCCCACAUCAGAGCCAAGUCCGGUGGAGUUUGACAGCGCCAUCAGUUACGUCAACAAGAUCAAAAAUAGGUUUUUGGACAACCCCGAAACCUACCGAGCGUUUUUAGAAAUUCUACAUACGUACCAGAAGGAGCAGCUGGAGGUAAAGGAGAACCGAGGCCGAAGCACUGGAGGAAUGACUGAAGAUGAGGUUUUCUCUAAAGUGGCGAGUCUUUUUAAAGGCCAGGAGGAUCUGCUUGCUGAGUUUGGACAGUUUUUACCGGAUGCAAAGAGAUCUCUGUUCACUGGAGGCUCUUUGACUGCCAAAGACCAUCUGAAGAAAGCCGAUGAAGAAGAAAUGAAUAAACAGAGCAAGAAGAGACCCAGACCUAUGUUAUUACCACACAUGACACCGCUUUUGAAGAAAAAAAUGAAGUAUUCCUGUUCCAAAGAUCCAUCAUUUGCCUCUGUCGGAAAACAUGGAGUCCUGCGGGAAUUCACGUUUUUUGACAAGGUUCGUCGUCUGCUAAAAAGUCAAGAGGUCUAUGAGAAUUUCCUGCGCUGCAUAGCCCUUUUUAAUCAGGAAGUGGUAUCGGGGGCUGAACUCCUGCAACUUGUGACUCCAUUUUUAGGGAAGUUUCCAGAACUCUACACCCAGUUUAAGUCAUUUUUGGGCGAUAAAGAGCUGUCUCAUGCAGUCUCAGGCCUGUCUGACAGAUACAUGGAGGGUGGAGGCAGAGAAGUGGACUACGCCUCCUGUAAACGCCUGGGCUCAAGCUACAGAGCCCUGCCCAAGACCUACCAGCAACCCAAAUGCAGCGGCCGUACGGCUAUAUGCAAAGAGGUGCUGAAUGAUACCUGGGUCUCAUUCCCGUCCUGGUCUGAAGACUCCACUUUUGUGAGUUCCAAGAAAACACCUUAUGAAGAGCAACUUCAUCGCUGUGAGGAUGAGCGGUUUGAGCUGGAUGUUGUCUUGGAGACUAAUUUGGCAACAAUCAGAGUUUUGGAAAGCGUGCAGAAGAAGCUAGCCCGCCUUUCACCUGAGGAUCAGGAGCGCUUCCGUUUAGACGAUUGCCUGGGCGGCACCUCUGAGGUCAUCCAGCGGCGUGCAGUCUAUCGUAUCUAUGGCGAUAAGGCUCCAGAGAUCAUAGAGGGUUUGAAGAGGAGCCCGGCCACGGCGGUACCUGUAGUACUCAAAAGAUUGAAAGCUAAAGAGGAGGAAUGGAGAGAGGCCCAGCAGGGCUUCAAUAAAAUCUGGAGAGAGCAGUACGAGAAGGCGUACCUGAAAUCGCUGGACCACCAGGGUGUGAACUUCAAACAGAAUGACAUGAAGGCUCUUCGAUCCAAGAGCCUUCUCAAUGAAAUCGAAAGCAUCUAUGAUGAGAGGCAGGAGCAGAGCACAGAAGAGAGCGGUGUGGGUCAACAAGGUCGCGACGGAUCCGGCGGCAUUCCGGCCAGUGAGCCUCACAUGGUCUUCACCUAUGAGGACAAACAGAUCCUGGAGGAUGCCGCCUCCCUCAUCAUCUACCACGUCAAACGACAGCCCACCAUCCACAAAGACGACAAGGACCACAUCAAACGCAUCAUCCAGCACUUUGUUCCAGACCUCUUUUUCACCCGCCGUGGCGAGCUGAGCGAGACAGAAGAUUUCACAGAUGAAGAAGUCGAUGGGGAGGAUGGCUCCGCCCAGGGAGGUGGACUCUUGACGGCAAGUGGACAGCAACCAAAUGAAGAAUCCAGGCGAAGAAGAUGCACUUCCCCUCAGAACAUGGACACGUCCGCGGCUCCCCGCAGCGUUAACCAAGAAGGUGGGUCGUCUGUUGAUCUUCGGGACCCUGAGGCGGAGCACCAGAAAGAGUUGGAUGGCGUCUACAACCUGUUCUUUGUUAAUAAUAACUGGUACUUCUUCCUGCGGCUACACCAAACUCUGUGCUCACGGUUGCUGAAGGUUUACAGGCAGGCGGAGAGACAGCUACUGGAACAUCGGGCGGAGCAGAACCGGGAACGACUGCUCAUGGGAGAGGGGCGCAGGGAAAAGUCGAGUGACCUCGCUAUGGAACUGCGCCUUAAACAGCCAAGCGAGGUGGAGUUAGAGGAAUAUUACCCAGCAUUCCUGGACAUGGUUCGCAGUCUAUUAGAUGGAAACCUGGAGUCCACACAGUAUGAGGAUACGUUGCGAGAGAUGUUCACCAUUCAUGCCUACAUCGGCUUCACAGUCGACAAGCUGAUCCAGAACAUUGUCAGACAGCUUCAGCACCUGGUCAGUGAUGAAGUGUGUCUGCAGGUCACAGAGCUGUACCUUUCGGAGAGAAAGAAGGGAGCUGCUGGUGGAAAUCUCUCGUCCCAGUGUGUUCGUGCUGCAUGGGAAGCCAGUUAUCAGUGGAAGGCAGAGAGAGUUAUGGCAGAGGAGAACUGUUUUAAGGUGAUGUUCUUACAAAACAAAGGUCAAGUAACAUUAACAAUCGAACUGCUGGACACGGAGGAGGCCCAGGGUGAUGACCCACUGGAUAUUCAGAGUCUGUCUAAUUACAUGGAGCAGUAUAUAGGAACUGAGACGGUGUGCUCGCAGACAGAAGGCUACUACUUCAAGCCUGUAUUUCUACCCAGAAAUCUGAGACAUUUCCGUGGAUGGCAGCUCAAGCAGGUGGAAGCCAUGCGCUGCAGGAGAGAGUGGCACAGAAAGAUGGGCGUAGAGACGGCCGGGAAUCUGGAUUGCCGCUUCAAACUUAACACGCACAAGAUGGUGUUUGUGAUGAACUCGGAGGACUACAUGUACCGCAGAGGAGCUCUGGUGAAGGCUCGAAGGUCCCAGCACAGAGUAGCGCGUGCUCAACACGAUCGUUUUGACCAGUGGCACCAGGGCUGGCUGAGGGAGCACGUAUCCCCCGCCGCUGAGCGUGGAGUGCAAGACUGGCUCAUGGGAGAGGAAGAUGAGGACAUGAUCCCCUGCAAGACCACCUGUGUGUCCACGCAAGUCAAAGGUUUACCUGUUAACAGGUACCAGGUGCACUACAACAACAACAAGGGCCCUGCUUCACCUUAACUCGAACAUUUGGGGAGGAUUUUUGUGUUCUGUAUCUCUUUGUCUUUUUUGGCUCACUCAUUCUCACUGCUGAGAUUAAACAAGCUUGCAGAUGAACGAUAUGAGAACCGACAGCAGAUCAAAGGAGAAGUCGCAUCACAUACUGUAAUCGCCAGAAAAAAAGUCCAUCAUGACGGAUGCAGUAAGCGGACGUUUCAGAAAUGUGAAUGUCAAUUUUUUUUAAUUAAGAAAGUCCAUUGUAGUUUUUAGCUCCUGAAAGAGUUUUCUUUUGUUUAUACUGAAGUAUUAAGAGACUAGGUUUAAAGUAUGUCUACAAGAUCUGUAUGUCUUUUUGUACAGCACAGUUGACUCAAGUGCUUGAGCAAUUGCAUAUAUAUGGCAGAUUUUUCUGUGUGCAUUCUUAUAUGUGCAUUUUCUUGGCUAUAAAUAAUGACUUUGAAAGUUAUUUCCUCUGGUGCACACUGGCAUCUUUUCCUUAAUGUCCUUGUUUUAGUUGUACGUUGCUUUUUUGUUUCGUUUUGUUUUUCAUCGUCUCAUAACUGAACGGAGGAGCGCCAGUGUCACCCAUCAAUCACUGUUCAUGAUCUAUGGUCGCUUUUGUUAAAACAUUCAGAUUAUGUAUGAUAUCAAUCUCGCCAAAUCUUUGCUUUCGUUUGGUGUAAUUUUUACAUAUUAAAACUGAAAAAUGAAAUAUCAGUGUUUUGAAAAAAUAAUGUAUAACAUUUAUCCUGUAUCAGUUAUCACAAAAUAAACAACCUAGUUGUGCAACCUA